GCGCCACCCCCCCCCCCGCCCCUUCCUCUGAGCGUGCAUCUCUCCACGAAGAUGAUGCACAUCGUUCUGAGGAAGGCGUCUUCCUCGCCGAUCGCCCCGGGUCGCGCGCUCUCGGCCGCCCUCGAGACCCUGCUCCGCCGUCCCCAGCCGCUCGCCGCUCCCUCGGACGCCGCCGCGGCUGCGGUCGAGCCGGCCCAUUUCCCGGCCCCCGGCGGGCUCCUGAGGAGGCCGCAGCCGUGGCUCGGCGGCUCCUCGGCGAGGGGCUUCCACGCGAGCCCCGGGCCGCUGGGGUUCCGGGCGUCGGGGGCCUCGCUGGCCGAGUUCGCCGUCGACGAUUUCGCGCCCUACGAGGAGGAGAAAGGGAGCGGCGGUAGCGACGUAGGUCUCGAGAUCGCGAAGCUCGGGAUUGCUCCGGAGAUCGUCUCUGCUUUGGCUAACAAGGGCAUAACUAAGCUCUUUCCCAUACAGAAAGCUGUCCUUGAACCAGCAAUGCAAGGGCGGGACAUGAUCGGCCGAGCCAAAACUGGAACAGGAAAAACUCUUGCUUUUGGGAUCCCCAUCAUGGACAAGAUAAUUCAGUUUAAUGCAAAACAUGGACGUGGGAGGAAUCCCUUGGCUUUAAUCUUGGCUCCAACAAGAGAACUUGCUAAACAAGUUGAUAAGGAAUUCUGUGAGUCUGCUCCCAAUUUGGAUUCUAUUUGUGUUUAUGGGGGUACACCCAUCGGCCAACAAAUGAAGCAGCUUGACUAUGGUGUUGAUGUCGUUGUUGGAACACCUGGUCGUAUUAUUGACCUGCUCAAGAGAGGUGCACUGAACUUAUCAGAAGUCCAAUUUGUUGUCCUUGAUGAAGCGGAUCAGAUGCUUGCGGUGGGAUUUGAGGAAGAUGUUGAAACAAUAUUACAGAAGUUGCCACAGAACAGGCAGAGUAUGAUGUUUUCAGCGACAAUGCCAAAUUGGAUAAAAAGCCUCACCAGGAAAUAUUUAAAGGAUCCGUUGACUAUUGAUUUGGUUGGAGAUUCUGAUCAAAAGUUGGCGGAAGGUAUUUCACUAUAUUCGAUUGCAUCUGACAUGUAUGGAAAAGCAUCAAUUAUUGGACCUCUGAUAACAGAACAUGCAAAAGGUGGAAAGUGCAUUGUUUUCACUCAAACAAAAAGAGAUGCCGAUAGACUGGCAUAUGCUAUGGGCAGGAACUUUAAAUGUGAGGCUCUGCAUGGGGAUAUUUCACAAAGUCAGAGGGAGAGAACACUUUCAGGUUUCCGGGAUGGCAAUUUUAAUAUUCUAGUGGCGACAGAUGUUGCUUCCCGUGGUCUUGAUAUUCCCAAUGUUGAUUUGAUCAUACAUUUUGAGCUUCCAAACUCUUCAGAGAUUUUUGUACAUCGCUCUGGUCGAACAGGGCGAGCUGGUAAGAAAGGAAGUGCGAUCCUCAUCUACACACGGGAGCAGACAAGGGCCAUGAAGGUUAUUGAGCGAGACGUGGGAUGCCGAUUUAUCGAGCUUCCCAGUAUAGCUGUUGAGGGAGGUAGUGCGGAUAUGUUCAAUGACUUCGGUGGUGGUGGUGGCCGAUCUGGCUCAUAUGGUGGUGGAAGAGAACGUCGUUUCGGCGAUUCAGGAUUUGGACGUAGUCAAAGAGGUUCAGACUUUGGUCGAUACGGAAGUUCUAGCAACUCUAGUCGUUUUGGUUCCUUUGGUGGUCCUAGUACAGGUUCUUCUGGAGGAGGCUUUGGUAACUCAAACCGAUCUGGGAAUUUUGGUGGCUCUGGUUUUGGUCGCCCUUCAGGAUUCAGCGAUCGCUCCAACAGCUUUGGAGACUCUGGCUCAGGCAGAUCAGGUCGCACUGGAGGAUUUGGUGACAACAGUUCCAGCAGGAGUGGUGGUUUUGGAGAUAAUAAGUCUAGCCGAAGUGGUGGUUUUGGCAACUCUUAUUCCAGCCGUUUUGGUGGCUUUGGCGAUAAUAAAAGCUGAUGAUCUGUAAACUGCAAGAUCAUCCAAUACAGUUGAAGGGUGCCUAGAAGAGGCAUAUAAAUGUUUACCAAGGUAAUUUAAUGCCCCAUUGAUGUCAAAGCUUCUGCACACAUGAUGUUUUGCUGCAAGGAUACGGGUCUCCGUCGGGGCUUUUACUUGACCGAAGACGAGAGCGCUGAAGUGGUGAAGUUAGUGUGAACCGCGUAGGGUUUUUGUGUUGUCGAUAUCUACUAGAUGUUAUCAUUCUAUGGGGGAAAUAAACUGUAGUUGAGAUCCAACAUGAGGAAAAAGAGGUGGCCUAUCUUUGAUUUUUUAUUUAUUUUUUUCCGCAUCAAUAGUAAAACAAAUUUCGCUUC